AACUUUAUUAAUAUGGCGGGAAAUGCAGUCCACUACGUUGCAACGUUCAACAUCCAGUCGGAUCGAUCCAAUUUCGCUUUUUCAUCUUUGCAAGAUGACAGAAUAUUCACUACGUCCUGUCCCUCCACGCUGCUUCUGAAUCCCGAUACUAGUAAACAUUCCUUUGGGUACCAGGCGGAGGAAUUCGUUGCCGCUUCGUUGGAUCACGGGGACGACAUCACCAAUCAUUACUUCUUUCGAAACUUAAAAUGCCUCCACACACUGGAACGAAAAGUAGCAGAUGAAGAUGGAAAUCUAAUCCAUACAAAAACAGUAAUGUCGAGAAUCAUACAGCAUUUUCUACAAGAAAUGAAUGGCUACAGAAUGUUUUCAAUGGCCAAUCAUGAUGAUUUAUGCAGUGACGUAUUUCUAGUUUUCAUUCUGUCUGGAAUAAACUUUUCUCGGAUGGCUGAGCUUAUUAGAGAAUCAGCUGUAACGCUUGGUAUCCACAGUAGCAUGGUGGAAUUCAUUCCUGACGCCAUUGCAACAGUGGAAUUUUGUGAGGACGUAGAUAGAAGACAAGUAAAUGGUGAUUGGUCUACCUAUCCACCUUCAGUCAAAAAUGAUCCACCUUGUAAUUACAAAGAAAAGGAUGAUUGGUCUACCGAUCCACCCUCUGUCAAAACUGACUCUCGUUACAAAGGAAAUGAUCCUUCACAUUUCAAAAAAGCCAAAUAUAAUUUCCAAACUGGACCAGGGAAACAAAAGAUGGUUGUUUUGAGAAUAGGAGCGGACUAUUCUGAGAUUUCCAUAGUUCACAACAGAUGCAUUGAAGCAAUGAAAAGAAAAUCCCAUGAAAGGGUGUUUGAUGCCCUCUUGAAAUAUCUGACAGAGGCACUGGGCAUAGACGACAUAUCGAAGCUGCAGAAAGAAAAUUAUUCCGCGUUUCUAGAAAUGUGUCUCCUAUUUGAACGUUCUCGCAUACAAGCCAAUUCAAACAAACCUCUCAAUAUGAAAAUUGAAUUACCUUCAAUAUUCUUUGCAACCAAUGAAAUUCGGACAGGAGACGACGUUCCACAAAAUCGAUCAUUGUCAUUGACAACAGAAGUGAUUGAGGACAUAUACAAAUCUACCUUUCAAAGCGCUGUCUCUCUGUUUUUAUCAAUUGCCAAACUUGUAUCAGAAAAUGACAAAAUUGUAAUAGCAGGGGAGUUUGCGGAUGCUUUAGUUGUAGACAAACUUAACGAAACCUUUAGAGAAAAAUGUGACUGUGAAGUGGUUCCGAUUGGAAAUCCGUCAGUGGUUGCAUUAUAUGGCGCGUUGCUUCUUGGUAAAAAAUGCUUGAAAGCAGGAUGUUAUCUAGAGGAAGAAGUAACGGAAAUAUUUACAUACACUGUCACCGAUUCCAGAGGUGAAAAUGAUGUCAGGAAUUCACAAAGCGGAUUGAGUGAAGUCAAACAUGAAUCAUUCACCUCCCUAUUGCUUGACAGACAUUUUGGAAAAGCCAAAGGGAAAAUACUGACAUUUUCCACAGAUGGAACACUUUUGGGUGUAAAGAAGGAUGUACAAUGUGUUGGCGCCAACUGGCAAUCACGUCACAGAGAUUAUACACUAGAGUCUCUGGAUCUCGCAAUUGAACACAGUUUCUUAGACUGUUCAACACACAUAAAAUUUCAGUUCGUCUUUCCUGACAGAACGCUCCCCAACAUUUCUAAAAUAUGUGCGUAUGAUUCUGAACUGUCAUUGGUGUCAUCUAAAGUUAAAGAAUUUCGGUCAGAGAUCAGUUUUGAAAUUUGCCAAAUGUGGAUGCUUGAAAAAUGUGACAACACAAUCGAAGAAAUUGUUAAAUUUGCUAUUUCAUCUUCUAGUGAAUCAGUGAAAAGAUUCGCAGUCAAAUUGUUAAUUGCUAGAAAGUUUGAACAUGAGUCUGUGACAAAGAGCAUUUUCAACACGAAAGACAGCAUUAUGAUUCAGUGCAUACUUUGGUUAUGUGCUGCAAGUCUUUACAGGAAAUAUGAAUCUUCUAAUUCAGUCGAAGAAAUUUGGCCCGGGUACUAUUGCAAUGAAGGUGAAAACCCUUACUGUAUAGUUUUUGUACAUUCGGAUAACAUUAAAGAACGUCCUGGAAAGUUUUGGGGAGUUUCUAUACAUUGCAGACAUGAAAAUAACGUGAGUUUGGAAGCCCAAGAAGUCAUGAUGUACGAACAAAAACUUUUGUCAACAAUGCGAACUGUAAGAGACUUCCAUGAAGAUUAUGGAGUGAAUGGAUUAUUUAACAGUCAUUCCAAUUUAGUCAUGAUCUCUCAUUCUAAAAUAAAAUCAUCAGGGUAUUCUGACAAAUCCCUUAAAGUGAUUUUGGAACCUUGUAUAGUUUUUUACUGCAGAAUUAAGGGAGUUGUUCCAAUAAAGGAGCAACACUUUCCAACAACCCUCAACAGUUACAAAGUGGAUGUCAGAGAAGCCUUCUGUAUUCGAACAGCAGAUAAAAGAUCGUUACGAAUGGGAGAUUCAAUUCGGUCAAGAAAUUUAGAAUCGUAUGGGACUAUUGGCGGAUUCGUUGAUCUUCCUCAAGGCGGAAUUGGUGCAAUUACGUGUGCACACGUCGUAUGUCCGGAGUCCAUCCUGUCAAAAGCGACACAGGAGCAGACUACUGAAUGUAUUGCGGAUUAUUUGGAAGAGCACAAUAUAGAAAUAACGUGUCCUCCACAGACGAAAACGUUAGGUACUGUAGAGAAGAUGGCAUUUUAUGUGAAUAAAGAUGGCAACACCAGUGUGGAUGCAGCAUUGAUUAAGCUCAGCAGUCGACAUCCAUUAGAUGGCAGAUUUCGAGAAUAUACCGAAGAGGAAUUAAUACGAACUGGAUACAAUCUGAACGCCCAGCCUACGUUUAACACUGGAGAAACCAUCACAGUUUCACCCGAAAAUUGUCGCUAUACAUUGAUCAAAUUCGGUGCAGUGUCUGGAAUUACUAAAGGAUUGUUUCAGUUGAGUAGAUCCCACGCCAAAUUCACCACAAAAUUAGUAACAAAAGAACAUUCUUGUCUUCGUUUCACUAUGCACAAUCAGUACGAAGUUCAACCAGUGUUGGACGAUUCUAGAGAUCUAACUGAACAGCAUUUCGCCACCAGUGGUGAUUCGGGUUCCCUUGUUUUUAUGCAAAUGCCCGAUACAAACGCAUUGAAAUGCUGCGGAAUGGUUGUAGCAACAACUUCAUACGGAAGUUGUUUGAUGACCCCAAUAGAAAAUGUUCUUGUUGACCUUGGAUUAUCUGCACGAAAUUUGAAAAGGUUUCAUCUUCCUGACGAAAGCCCAUCAGGAUCACAGGACUCAGAUCUAAGCCCCACGGAUCGAAUUUUAUUGUCGAUAAAGGAAAAGGUUGACGUGAUACCCAGCCUUAAAGAGAAUGUGGACGCUAUACCUAGGUUGACAAAUCGCGUCGAAAGAAUGGAUGUUGAUCUUCAAGACACGAGGGACAGAGUAGGGAAGAUAGAAAGACGUAGCGUGGGAUACACUUGUGAUAUCCUUUAAUAGAGGGAUUUACAUCGGUAUCAAUAUGUCACAUUUUACAUUAUAUAUAUUUCAAACGUCAGUCAACCCACUUGUAAUUUUGUUAUUUUCCUUGUUAUCCUUUUCAAACAUUUUUUACGAAUAAGAUGUCUGAUACAUAUAACAAAGCGCAUGGAUGUAGGAACAGUCACAAAACGUGCAGAAUUCCAUCGCUCCAAACUGAAUCUGCAACAUCCGCCAAAUGUGUCAUCCCCUCAUAAUCUCCGCCAAACAGGUCAUCCCUUUACAACAUGACAACAUUGCCUGGCUAGCCAUGUUUACACUAUGUAUCCCUCAUUCCUUAGUAGUGACCCCAGAGGCUAAAAAUCCUUUUUAGCAAUUCGAUAUAAUAAUAUAUUGAAUAAAAUUUUGUUUAAAUUAAAAAAAAACACCUAAAAG